UUGUGAAGCUUGACAAAGUUUAACUUUUGCAGAUGGUGGUACGCGUUUAGAAGUGUAGACUUGAAGGGAUCAUACUUGAAAUGCACAACUUGAAACGGAAACCAACGCAGAUCUCGGGGAGAUCUUCACGCUGAGAGGGGUGAGUCUUGUCCGCUUAGGUACCUACCAGCUUCACAGAGUUCAAGUUCCGAUGGGAAGCGAAGGAUUCUGGAAAGCUGAUCCAGUGAGAGACUGAGGAUGGAAGGUUUCAGUUUGAACAAUGACUGGAUCAAUGAUACCAGUACCACAGGCAGUCAAGUUACCGGCUGAUCCUCACGGCAUCAGCCACUGCACUGAUUAAAACAUUCCAGAAGAGUUUAUUAACACCACCUCGACUCUUAACGCGUGCUGGAUUCCAUCCUUUGACACUCACAGGUCUGUUUGGCGUCUCAUGCCUACACAGCCAUGACUGCUCGAGCUUGCUUCUUGAAGACGAGGGCGGUGAGUGAGUGUGUGAGGUGUAACAUUUUCGACGUGGAGCACUUGAAGCAAGUCACGUCACGCGAGCCUGGGGCGCCGAGUGUGAAUUCCAUUCCCUUUCCCUGGGUUACAGACCUGCUCCAUUCAACGUGAAGUUCGGUUGGAGCAUGCCGUUGACUGCAUGUCACACUCAUGGGCUGUGCACUUGGCACUGGCAGUACAUAGGUAGUGUGAGUGGGUGUGGCUCGGGGCAAACCGACCGACCACCGAAGCCUGAAUGCGGAUCCCGGGCGUUGUCACCACUUGAACUUGAUGAUCGGAUGGGCGCAAGAAGAUUCGGAUGUCGUCAAACACGGCGACUGGUGCAGAUGCCCUGAUGCUGUGCCGUGGCAGUGGCUGGUUGACAGAUGCCAGUUGGUCAGGUGCCUAAACUGAGGGCUUGGGACGCCCAGCAGACGCCUAUCGCACCUUCAGUUACGGGCUACAGUGGUGCUAGAGUGCCCAGGAAAGGCCUGUCAGGCACUCAUUUCGCGGCUCUGUCGGCUUCUGUUCAAUGUUCAAGUUUACUGUAAAAGGCGGCACGCGGCUUGUCGUGGUCUGUGGCGAUCGGUAGGAACAUUCUAUACUACUACAGAUGUACUACUACGGUAGUGUACUCUGUGUGCUUGCUUCCAUUUGUCCAUCCCGUUGCCGAGAUCCCCUUCUUAACCGAGUCUGGUCAACGGUCGCUCCCCGGUGUGCGGGUUGGUGGCCUUGAGCGAAGACCGGGGACAAGCUGCAAUCACAAGAUGCGGUGGCCGAUCGACUCGAACUGCAACGAACCCGGUUGUUGGUCUUGCUGCCAGUGCUAAACUAAACCACCGCCUUGGUGCGACCUACGCCCGACUAACUGUGCUACUAGGCGUAGACGAGCUCCAGGUUCUCGUCCACCCCCAGAGUCGGUCCAUCUCAUUCGCUCACUGCUCCGCUUCUCCCACGGGGCUGAACGGACCAGUUCGAAGAUGACCCUCGAGUCUGCCUCUCGUGAAGUCAGGCCUGCUGAGUUGGCGAGGGUCUUCCCAGCACCACUCACGUUGGCCGCAAAACAAGCGAAACAGCCUCAUUACACCGUUGCCCGACUCAUUUCCUACUCUCGUCCGCCCAGGACAGCGGUGCCUUUCUGUUCCUGCUCUUUCGCAUCUGUUCAGGCCUGACCAGCGUGUUUCGCGCGUCAGUUUGGUGUCGUGUUGCACCGUCUUAUCUGUCUUACUCUUGUGCUCCCAUCUCACCUCGCUCACCGCGCCCGCCUCCAGUCCGCUCAGCCUGACCGUGGAAGAACGUGGCAUGAGAUCCUCUCUGACGAGCACCCUCUCUUUACCAUCUACCUACCGUAUCGACUGAUCAAUGGCUUGAGCGAUCGAAACCUCUCUCGAACCACUACGCAUAGAGCAAAGCCGGUCCGCGCGAACGUGUUGCGAGACUCCUGUUGGUCAACCGUCUCAAUGCUUCUACAGCAUGUCAAGCUUUUCCUACCUGUGUUAACAAUCGAAAGAUGGCGCCUAUGUCGGCAUUGAAACCGCGCUCGGAUACCGUCAAUGGCAGUUGGCGGGCAUUUGCCUCGAUGAAGAUCUGGUCCUGGAAAGCUGGAGUCAAGGAUGUCUGGUUGGGAGUCUGCUCAUUAUGGGCUGCGUCACGGUGUCGAACAUGAGAAAGGGUGUCCUCCUACACAAGUUGAUUCUCCUCGAGCAACUCGCCGCAUUAUCCCACGGCACAUUUUGUUUCUUCACCUUCCCCGGCUACGGCUGGUACUUGAGUUCCACGGCCGCGCUUCUCUACUGCUCCUGGGUCGUCCACAACAUUGUGGCCUGGCUAAAGAUUGGCCCUUUGGUGUGCGAUUCCCGGUCCAUGUUCAAGCCCAAGACAGGCAAGUGGGUUCGAAGAAUCUAUCUGGGUUCCCUCGCCUGCACGGUACCCCCGAUUAUACUUCAAAUCUACGACAACUUCCGCUUCUUCAACAACAUCAACGACCUGUAUGUCACCGUGAGACCGUACGAACCUCUGCUGCGUGAUCCGUGGUGGGUCUUUUCUGUUUUGACGCUCUUCGAGGUCAUCCGGAAGUGCUACGGGACAGGGGUAUUGGAACUGAUUAAGCGCUCUCCUCGGUUCGCCAUUCUUUUAUCUGCCAUCUGUCUCUCCUUGAUCUUUACGGCAUUGGACAUUGUUGCCAGUAUCCACAGCUUCACUGGCUCUACCGAUGGGAUCAACCCUUGGUGGAAACUGUCGCUCAUGUUCAAAUGCUUGACCGAUACAAUCAUGCUCGACGAUUUCAAGACCGAGUUGAAGCGGUUAGGAAUGAAACGGAUCCGACGCGACGAACUCCGCCGACACAGCUUGGCUUUGGUCGCCGAUCCUCUGGAAUCCAAGAGCGACAACGGGCAAAUCGAGUUCUCAGACGCACUGGAUUACAGCCCAACUUUGAAUUAUAGUCCGACACGAUCCCAUGCAACGCAAGAACUUGGAAGACCCCAUCAAAGUCCCACGGGCAGGAUGAGGCAAGAUUCGGUGGUCCACCCGCGGAAAAAUUCCAAAGAUCAAAUCGGCAGGCUUGGGAAGAAGAUAUCCCAGCUACCAACGCUCAAGGACUUCUCUUUCAAACACACAAAACGUAUGUCACGGAUUGAAGAUGACGAUCGGCCGGCCCGUCGUGAUGACAAUGAUCCAACUCCAUCGGCGCCUGAGCGGCUGUCACAAAUGAGAGAGAGCUUGGGCAUUGUCGACUAUCAUCCUCACUGACGUGAUAUGAUCUGCCACGAUGAAAGGCCGGACGAAGUAGUAAUGUGUUGAUGAUUCUACGAGGCGACGCUUUUGUACAACAUGAGGGAUACCAUGCCCCACGGGUCUGUGUAAUGGGCGGAGGGAUAUAUGCGCUUGAAAAAGGACAUAAAUCGUUCAGGUAUUAAAAAAAGGUCAUAUACAAGUCUUUAUCUUGCCCGCUGAGGAUUUCUUUAUGCUUGUGGCUGCUUGUCUUGAUUGCCGCCCAAAGUACAUGCACGCCGCUUACCUAGUACGGGGGAUGUAGACAAUCCACUGGCGAAGUCCACCGGCGUGCCACUUCAACGCUUUUCAGCAUAGUGAUGUCUGACUAGAGCAGAGAUUCAGAUGCCAUCGCCGACAAAGAGGGCCAAGCCGACAAAAGACAUGAAUGUUCACGGUAUUUAUUCAUGACUCCCGUCUGUAGUCAGCACGUUC